AUGGACGACGCGCGCGAGAGCUUUGCCGAGUACAAGAUCAUGCCCGAAGACGCCCGAUCCGACACUGCUGCCUACUCUUGGUCCAUCGUCAACAAGAAACUCCCCAACAAAAGCGAUGAUGUCCGGUCGACCCUCUCCGAGGCAAUGACCGAUCGAUGCCAAGGCCAGUUUCUCUGGCUUAAGAUGCAAGAGGAAUUCCUUAGGAGAGGGAUGAACAAGAAACAACUUCAGCACGCUAUUGAAAACACUCCAACUGGGCUUGACCAUCUCUACGACCAUAACUGGACUAGAGUCACCCGGUUAGGAGAAUGGGAGAGGCACCGAGCCUUCGCCCUGCUGCGCUGGACCGCAUUUGCACUACGACCCCUGACUGUCUGCGAGAUCACCGAAGCUGCCCUUAUUCUCGAAUCCGAAGACCUGCCAUUGGAAGAUCUUCCCGAUACUGUGGAUGAUGAUGUUGAGACCGUAUGA